ACUUCCGCUAUAAUGUCUGGACGUGGCAAACAAGGAGGGAAGGCUCGGGCUAAGGCCAAGUCGCGCUCCUCCCGCGCUGGUCUGCAGUUUCCGGUGGGCCGAGUUCACCGCCUGCUCCGUAAAGGUAACUAUGCCGAGCGGGUAGGGGCUGGCGCGCCAGUCUACAUGGCGGCUGUGCUCGAGUAUCUGACGGCGGAAAUCCUGGAGCUGGCAGGCAAUGCUGCCCGUGACAACAAGAAGACCCGCAUCAUUCCUCGUCAUCUUCAGUUGGCGAUCCGCAACGAUGAGGAGUUGAACAAACUGUUGGGUAAAGUCACGAUCGCUCAGGGCGGCGUUUUGCCCAAUAUCCAGGCGGUGUUGCUCCCGAAGAAGACAGAGAGCCACCAUAAAGCAAAGGGCAAGUGA